CGCUGGCUUAAGUGACUGCCUUUCAACCGGGUGGAAUAUUUCGCUAUGGAUGUGAGAGACAAGAGCAGCAGGCUGGCUGUCUUCCUAUCGAUUUUUUCGUGUGUGCUCUUCGCGAGAACGGCUUCGGAAGGUGAGGGUUUUGUGGGGCCAGAACAUCGUCUGUACACUGACCUGUUCGCCGGAUACCUCCCUGACUCCAGGCCCGUGACCAACGCCAGUCACACUGUCAUGGUGACUUUCGCUUUGUCGCUAAAUCAGCUGCUGGAUUUGGAUGAGAAGAACCAGGUUCUGACCACUUCAGUAUGGAUUUACGAGGAAUGGAUAGAUGAGACGUUGACCUGGAUACCUGCCAAUUACCAAGACCAGUCCUCCAUCAUGAUUCCCGCCACAAGCAUCUGGCUGCCAGAUGUCUUCAUAUUCAACACGGCUGGUGACGGAAUGAAUGGAUUUGUCAACGUCAAUGGCAGCAAAGUGGCCAUACGAUAUGACGGGCGGGUCCGAUGGAUGGUUCCACUCAUGGUCUCUAGUGCAUGUGCAGUGGAUGUCACAUACUUCCCAUAUGACAGACAGGAAUGCUCCAUAAACUUUGGCUCUUGGAUCUACGACAAUAGACAAAUGGAUAUCAGAGUAGAGACCAAUGUACCUGAUCUGCAGCAUUACAUUAUGAACAGCGAAUAUGACUUGGAAAAUGUAAGCAUCUCACUUGAAGUCCUCAACAGCACUUGUUGUCCUGGUGAAGGUAGUCAUUCCAUUGUGUCCUUGAACUUGGCACUGAAGCGGAAGUCACUGUACUAUGACUACAUUGUUAUUGCUCCGACCAUCAUGCUUUGCGUGUUGACCUUGGCCUCCUUCCUGUUGCCAUGUGACCGUGGUGAGAAAAUGGCCAUCGGUUUGACAGUCUUCCUCACUCUCUAUGUCCUGCAGUUGCGCAUAGCAGAUAAUGUUCCUGACACAAACACCACACCAAUUCUAGGUGUGUUCAUGCUAAUCGUCAUGACCUUCAACUGUGUGUCGCUAAUAAUGGCUGCGGUGGUUAUGAACAUCAAGAAGAGAGGUGAUGACGUUACAUGUCCUGAAGUGCCUAACUGGCUAUUCAUUUUGUGCAAUCAGGUCCUCGGCCGUGUGGUUUGCACCAGCUUCCAGUGGCGAGAGGACUUUGAGUCAAAAGAGUUCAUGUCAUACUCAAAAACAGUCAGGCAGAGGUCAGAUCAUCUGUAUGUUGCUGCCUCUAACAGAAUGAGUAGAGCUGACAGAGAUUGUCUCCGAUACACACCUCUGAGAUGUAUUGGGGACAGUCCUUCACGGUCUUGUGAAUAUGACUCAUCAGAUGAUGAUCGCUAUGGAACGCCAACCAGAGGAAGAGUAACGUGUCCAAGAUCUAGUCAUGAACAUGAUUAUAGUUUUGUGGGAGAUGUUCAAGAAGAGGUUUGGGUCAGAGCCAAGAACAGAAAUGAGGAAGAUGUAACAGAGGAGAUCAUGAGUGGCAGCAAAAAUAGCAGUCGAAGCAGGAGGUUAAAUGGAAAAGGGGAAGCUAUUCCUCUGCAGCUACAACAUGGCUUGGUAGAAGAUUGUGCUUGUGAGUCCCAUGAGAACAGAACUGGUGAAGAUGUCAGCGGUAGAGAUAUGGAUGGUGUCCGGCAGAGACGACACGGGGAGGAAAGACGGGCACACAUAGCCAGCUUGAGUGGUCAGUUGGAGGAAGAAACUGACAUGUUGCUAGGGGGAUCACCUCUUGAUGAAGACAGUUCAUCAGCUUCUCAUGAUGAAAUAAAAAUAGAGAGCAAAAUUUAUGCCCAUAAGAGACGCUGGUUCUUUGUGGCUCAAGUUGUGGACAAAUUCUCUUUUCUUGUUUAUCUUAUUCUGCUGACAGUUUCCAUCUUCACUGUGCUCUUCCUCAUCCCAGUUUACUUCAGGAAUGACAAAUGAUACUGUAGUAAGCCAGUUCUAGCGUUUAUAAAUCAGUAAAAAUUAUUACAUGCUCAUGUUAUGACAACAAUUUUGAAGAAUGCAAUUGUUUCAUCUCUUUGGAAACCGACUUUUGUAUUAUUUAUUUCAUUCAAGUUUUGGCAGACUUAACUGGGACAAG